GCUCCUCCUCCCCACACCUGCAGCGCUGCCCCUUCCUCUCAGUGGAGAGGAGAGCGAAACGAGACGAGACGAGAAUUCCUCUCUCCUCCUGUGUGCAUCCGUCCAUCCACGCGUUCCCGAGAAUCGCAUCGCGAUCGGGGGCAUACAUUUGAUGCUUACACGAGAGGAAUUCUAAGCUCUCGCUCGCUCGCUCGCAACCUCUCGUGCGAUCGUCGUCGCGUGCCAGUGUCACCUCGCCUUCAAGAGAUUCUCCCCUCCAAGACGCGCCCGGCCAGACGCCAGGAGUCGUGGUCGCCGAGACUACGGCUUUAAAGCCAGCGAGGCGAGGAGGAGUUCCCCCAAACACUUCAGUAGCUGCUACUGUAGCCAGCAGCGGCGGCCAUGGAGGACACGGCGGCGGCGGUCGAGACGCCGGUGACGGUGUCCACAUUCGGUGUAUCCAGGCACCCGGACACGGCCAGGCUCGUGCUGAGCAGCCCCAAGCCGCCAGGCGUGCGCGAGGAGUUCGUCGGCGUCGUCCGCAAGGCGUUCCGGCCGCGGGCGAGCGGCGGCGGAGGAGCAGGCCGUACGCCGCCGGCGCGGUGGGGGUGGGCCCUCACGGCGCUGCAGACCGUGUUCCCCGUGCUGCAGUGGGGGAGGACCUACAACUUCAAGUUGUUCAGGAGUGACGUCAUGGCAGGCCUCACUCUUGCCAGCCUUGGAAUUCCUCAGAGCAUUGGAUACGCCAAUUUGGCCAAGCUGGACCCUCAGUAUGGUCUUUACACGAGCGUGGUACCGCCGCUGAUCUACGCCGUCAUGGGGACGUCGCGGGAGAUCGCCAUCGGCCCCGUCGCCGUCGUCUCGCUGCUGCUGUCGUCCAUGGUCUCCAAGAUCGUCGACCCGGCCGUCGAUCCGGUCACCUACCGCGCCCUCGUCUUCACCGUCACCUUCCUCGCCGGCGUCUUCCAGGUCUCCUUCGGCUUGUUCAGGUUGGGUUUCCUGGUGGAUUUCCUGUCGCACGCGGCGAUCGUUGGGUUCAUGGCAGGAGCGGCGAUCGUGAUCGGGCUGCAGCAGCUGAAGGGAUUGCUUGGGCUGAGCCAUUUCACCAACAGCACCGACGUCGUCUCCGUCAUCAAGGCUGUCUGCUCUGCACUCCGAGACCCGUGGCACCCCGGCAACUUCUUGAUCGGAUGCUCAUUCCUCAUCUUCAUCCUCGCCACGCGAUUCAUUGGGAGGAGGUACAAGAAGCUGUUCUGGCUGUCGGCCAUCUCGCCGCUGCUGUCCGUCAUCCUGUCCACCGCCGCCGUGUACGCGACGAGGGCCGACAAGCACGGCGUCAAGAUCAUCCAGCGGGUGCACGCCGGCCUCAACCCGAGCUCCGCCAGCCAGCUUCGCCUCAGCGGGCCGUACACCGUCGACUGCGCCAAGACCGCCAUCAUCUGCGCCGUCAUCGCCCUCACGGAAGCCAUUGCUGUUGGACGAUCAUUCGCGUCGAUAAGAGGGUACAAACUCGACGGGAACAAGGAGAUGAUCGCCAUGGGAUGCUCAAAUGUGGCCGGAUCUCUCUCCUCGUGCUACGUUGCAACAGGCUCAUUUUCACGAACAGCCGUCAACUUCAGCGCCGGCGCGAGGUCAACCGUGUCCAACAUCGUCAUGUCCAUCACGGUGUUCAUCGCGCUGGAGCUGCUCAUGAAGUCGCUCUACUACACACCCAUAGCCGUGCUGGCCUCCAUCAUUUUGUCGGCACUUCCAGGCCUGAUCGACAUCAAGGAGGCUCUCAGCAUCUGGAAGGUCGACAAGAUGGAUUUCCUCACAUGCCUCGGCGCGUUCGUCGGCGUGCUCUUCGGAUCAGUCGAGAUCGGCCUCGCCGUAGCGCUCGCCAUCUCCUUUGCCAAGAUCAUCAUACAGUCAAUCCGGCCUCAGGUAGAGGUUCUUGGUAGGCUUCAGGGGACAAACAUCUUCUGCAGCAUCAGACAGUACCCUGUUGCUUGCCGGAUUCCGAGUGUAUUGACAAUUCGGAUUGAUACAUCAUUCCUGUGCUUUAUCAACUCCACUUUCAUCAAAGAAAGGAUCAUCGAAUGGAUACGAGAAGAAGUCGAGACGUCUGAUGAGAAGGCCAGGGAGAGGGUGCAAUCUGUUGUCCUUGACAUGUCAAAUGUGGUAAACAUUGACACUUCAGGGAUUUCGGCCUUGGAAGAGAUACACAAGGAGCUGGCAUCUCUUAGCAUACAGAUGGCCAUUGCCGGCCCAGGAUGGCAAGCGAUCCAGAAGAUGAAAUUGGCAGGUGUGGUUGACCAGGUAGGAGGAGACUGGAUAUUUUUGACAGUAGGUGAAGCGGUUGAAGCCUGUGUAACUAUGCAAAAGGGCACUGCUCUGGAAUGCUGAGGUGUGUGUGUUAGUAGUACUUAGUAGGAUUAACACCAUAUUAAGACAUAAGUGAUGCUGCUUAGUGCUUUGCAUCCAGCCAUUCAAUAUUCCAGAGUGAACAAUGUCUAUAGAAGUUAGAAAAAUGCUUUGCAGGCAGUAAGCAUCGAAGAAAUGUUACUGCGAUAACAACUGCAGUGUGAUGGUUCCGUAGUAACCAAUGCGCUCACUAAUAAAUGUGUUGUUGCCACUGUAAUUUGUAGUAAAUACUUUGUGAUGGUUAAUGCCACUAACUAUAUUGGAUCAGUGUACUCGAACACAGAUGAUUGUUUUUC